GCAGCCAAUCAGCUCCUGCACAGAGCUCUGUUCCCUCCUCUUCCUCUUCCUCCUCCUCAGGCCUGUGUGUGGAGCUGCAGUCAGUGACAGAACAGCUGCCCGGUGAAGUCUCACAGUCCGCAGAGGCACAUUCAUCUGAACUACGACAAGUCUGCAACCUGCUAAAAUGUCUCUUCAGGCAGAGUUCGACAAGAUGGCGGAGGAUGUGAAGACUGUGAAGACGAAGCCCACGGACCAGGAGUUGCUGGACCUCUAUGGGCUUUACAAGCAGGCAACGGUUGGAGAUGUUAACACCGAUCGACCAGGAUUGUUUGACAUGAAAGGAAAAGCCAAGUGGGACGCCUGGAACUCCAGGAAAGGAAUGUCCAAGGAUGAUGCCAUGUCAGCCUACGUUGCCCUAGGGAAGGAACUCAUUGGCAAAUAUGGGAUAUAAAGCUGAAUUAGCAGAAUUAAAGCAAAGAACAAGACUGCAUACUAACUCCAGUACUAAAACUGUGCUGCGCCUUUGUCAUGAGUGGCCUUCUGCUUUCAGGGGCCAUUCAUGUCUAUAAAAAAUAAUGUGAGAUCUUAGGUUUUUUUUUUUGUUGUUGUUGUUAUUUUAUAGAUUUACAUUGAUUUUUACAUUUCAUUUCUAACUAAGACAUUUCUAUGCAUCUUCUGAGGCUAAAUAUGUUGAAACCACUAAUUCGUACUUAAUCUAAUGUUUGGUGUUUAUGCUUAUGUGAGAGGGAAAGUGAGGCUUUUUAGUUUCCAUGGUUUCACAAGACCAGAAUAUAAGAAAACAUGGAGAUGGACUAUCGGCGUUGUCAGUUAAUAGCUGUUGUGUGUGCAAUGAAGUACAUCCAUCUUCUACCACUUUAUCCUCCACAUUAGGGUUGCGGGGGUGCUGUGCCGAUCUCAGCUGACAGGGCGACAGGUGGGGUUCAUCCUGGACAGUUAUGGUCAAUUUAGAGUGUCCAAUUUACCUAAUCCCCACAUUGCAUGUUUUUGUCCAAAUAAAAGUUUGCAACAUC